UAGUAAUUAUUAAAGAAUUGCAGUUGCAGGCAGACAGGCAGCCAUUUUUAGGGUUUUAAUUUUUUGGAGAGAUCGGAAUGGAUCAGAGGGGAGGUUGCUGCAUCGCGAGGUACGCCGGUGGAGCGUACGAUAUGUCGAAGGUGGAUCGGAUAAUGCAGAGAUUUCGUCCUAUUGCUCCCAAGCCAGCGUCCGGUGGCGGAUCUGUUUCCGGCGGGGGAAGUUGCGGUUCCGGUGCGGCAGAGAAGUGUGGAGUGGCGGUGAAGAGUGUGGGACGGGGGAAGAAGAGGCGUGCGUGUAGAGAUAGCGAGAAUCUGAAUAGUAGCGUGAGUAAGAGGAAUAAGAGUGGGAGUAAUACGAGGAGGAGGAAGGAGAGAUCGAAUUCCGGCGGAUCUGUUUACGGCGGUGGAGAUGAGAGCGUUAGAACUCUGAAGUUGCUGCCGGAGAUGCCGGAGGUUAACGGAGGAGGGAAGACGGUAGCGGCGCAGCGGAUUAAUCGUCCUCUGUGGCUGAGCUUCGAGAAUGGUGGGAAAGGGGGGGAGAUAAUGGAGUCUCCGGCGGUGGCGCGGCGGGUGGUGCUGUGGUCGUGGGUGAAGGUGGAAUGCGUGACGGACACGUGGGGGGUUGGCUGUGGUGCGUACUGGAAUCUGGGGCGUACGGAUGAGGAGAGGUUGCGUAGUCUGGAUGGUGACACGUGUCCCGGGCUGAUAUCGGACGGUCUGAAUCGGGUGAGAUGGAUGAAUGCGGAGUACCGGCGGAUGGUGUCGGUGGACGGGGAGGGGGAGGUGGUGGCGUGGGUGGUGAUGGAGGAUGGGGUGGCGGUGCCGCCGGGGAAGUGCGUGGGGUUCACGUGCCGGGUGAAGGUGGUCACGUGGGCGAACCGGAAGAGCAUCAAAACGGUGCCGUGUGACGUUUGGAGAAUGGACUGUGGAGGGUUUGCAUGGAGACUGGACACCACUGCUGCACUCUCUCUGUCUCUCUAAUUACAAUUAAUUAAUUAUUAACUAUAACUAUUACACUCAUAAUCAUAAUUUACAAAAAUGGUCUUCGAAGUUCAUGCAGCCCCCUGAUGUCACAACGCUCCCAUGAAAUGUAAAUAUGCGUUUUUUUUUUUUUUUUGUAAAUUAUAGUUUGAUUAUGGAAAUUAUGUUUGUUUUUUUUUUUUGGUUGAUCUAAUAUGCUGUUGUCUUGAUCAUGUUUAAAGUGAGUACAACG